AUGGGGUUCUUGGGGGUCUACAAGGCCCUCUACGACUACGCUCCGCAGGCGGAAGGGGAGCUUCAAAUCAGCGAGGGCGACAUCCUAUACCUCUUGGAGAAGAGCGAGGAGGAUGACUGGUGGAAGGCGAAGAAGAAGGCUUCCGCCGAGGACGAGGAUGAACCCUCGGGCUUGAUACCUAAUAAUUACGUUGAAGAAGCACGACCUGUUUCUCACGCCCGCGCCCUGUACGAGUAUACGAGACAAACCGAUGAGGAGCUCUCGUUUCCCGAAGACGCGAAGCUCGAGAUCUUCGAUUCCUCGGACCCUGACUGGAUCUUGGCCGGCCACGAUGGUGACUAUGGCUUCGUGCCUGCCAACUAUAUUGGCAUGGGUGAUGGCGAGGGGCAACAACAAGAAGAAGAGGAGGAGGAGGGGGAGGCUGCCCCUCCUGCGCUUCCGGCCCGAGCUCCAAGCGAUCUGGCUAGCCCGCCACUCCCUGCCAGAAACGUUCCUUCAGAACCAAGCAGCCCAGCUGCAUCGGGCCCCGCGGCCGCGCUGGCAAAUGUGAUGGUAGGUCGUUCGGCGUCUACCACGCGCGCUGCGCCGUCGCUAUCCCUACCUCCCAGACCGCAGUAUGCGUCGGAGGAGUCGGAGGACGAGGCCAAGUCGCCACCCCUCCCUACCCGGCCGAGGGGCCCGUCGAUGGCGUCCAUCGAGCAGACUUACCGCUCUCCUCCGCCCGAUCGCCACAUCACCUUCAACGAUUAUGCGCCCGAGGCUGAGGAGCCCCCGGAGGAGCCCCCGCGGACCCCGUCACAGCAGCCGGGAAGUUUCCACAUGUACAAUAUCAACGAGAUGGUCUCCGUGAUGGGCAAGAGGAAGAAGAUGCCGACGACGCUGGGGAUUAACCUGAAGACGGGCAUCAUCCUGAUAGCACCGGAGAGGGCCCAAGAUGGUCCAACCCAGGAAUGGACUGCCGACCGGAUGACGCACUACUCGCGCGAAGGCAAACAUGUGUUUAUGGAACUUGUCAGGCCCAGCAAGAGCGUAGACUUCCACGCGGGGGCUAAGGAUACCGCGGAGGAGAUCGUGAGCGCGCUGGGCGAGCUGGCCGGCGCCGUGCGCGCCGAGGGCCUAAAGGAGGUCAUCAUGGCCGGGACCGGUAGGACCCAGAUGAAGGGCCAGGUGCUGUACGACUUCAUGGCGCAGGGCAACGACGAGGUCACGGUUGGUGUUGGCGACGAGGUCAUCAUCAUCGACGAUACGAAGAGCGAGGAAUGGUGGCAGGUACGCAGACUCAAGAACGGCAAGGAGGGCGUCGUGCCGAGCAGCUAUAUCGAGAUCACCGGACCUGUCUCCUCGCCUAUCACGUCGUCUCAUGCCGGCAUCAACGCCGGGAAAUCGACGGUCAAGCAGAACCGGUUGGAGGAAGAGCGGCUCACGAAGGAGGCCGUCAAGGCGGCACAGCAGGCAGAGCAGAGGGAGAAGGGGAAUCGAUCAUCAGAGGUAGGCCCAGGGAUGCGUUUGCCCGAGAGGAAUAGCAGUCUUUCGGCCAGGGAACGUAGUAACAGUGCGGGACAACAGCGAAGCAGGCGCGAAAACGGACGGCCAGAUGGAUCUGGGUCGUCGCGGUCUGGCAAGUCAAGUAAGUUUUGUUAUGAGAACAGGGGGACACCUCGAUUCAGCAGAGCCGCUAAUUCUUCCACAGAGCCCGACCCUUCGAAGGUCCGGACAUGGACCGACCGAUCCAAGUCGUUCAGCGUGGAAGCCCAGUUCCUGGGGCUGAAGGAUGGGAAGAUCAACCUUCACAAGAUGAACGGCGUCAAGAUCGCGGUCCCCGUCGCCAAGAUGUCGGUGGAGGACCUGGAAUACGUCGAGAGAGCCACGGGGAUAUCCUUGGACGAAGACAAGCCAUUGUCCGGCCUCCGGAAGAAGAUGGCGCCGGAUUCCAUCAAGAGCCCUACUUCAGCCUCCUCCAAGGUUGGGGCAUCGGUGGAGCCGAAGAAGCCCGACUACGACUGGUUCCAGUUCUUCUUGUCGUGCGAUGUUGCCGUGGGUCUCUGCGAGCGGUAUGCGCAGGCUUUCUCACGAGAUUCUAUGGACGAGAGUGUCCUCCCCGAUGUUGACGCCAGCGUCCUGCGCAACCUCGGCUUACGUGAAGGAGACAUCAUCAAGGUGAUGCGGUUCCUGGAUAACAAGUACGCCCGAGGGAAGAAGGGUGCCGGAGGCGACGAUGGCGAGGCCGGCGGCGGUCUAUUCUCGGGUCCCGGGGGAACUCUGCGCAACAACACUCGAAAGGGCCGUCCCGCACCUGCAGUUCAGACGAACGAUGUUGUCGACCCGAAAGCCUUCUCGCGGCAGAAGGAUGCAAAUAGCGACGCGGCUUCACCAAGUUCAGCAACAGCACCUGCUGCCAGUGCUGCUCCCGCCUCGAAAAGCUCCGGUGGUUUUGAUGACGACGCUUGGGAUGUGAAGCCAUCGAAAACACAGCCCUCAGAGGCACCGUCGACUACUUCCGCGGCUCCUGCUUCUAGACCGGCCGCGCAACUGACCGGCUCUAUGCAGGACCUCUCCUUGCUAUCGCAGCCACUGGAACCGACCAAGGUGCAACCUGUUGUAACUCAGCCUCCUGCCGCUCCGCCAACCGUUACAACUUCUCCUCCGGCCCAAGUGCCCCAGCAGACGGGAGCCACCCCCGCCUUCUUCUCCGGUAUGCAGCCGCCUACGAUCAACACCCAGCAGCUGGGCCAGAUGCCCCAGGCAAUGGCACGGCAGCGACCGAUGGCGCCGCAACACACGCAGGGACAAGGUGCGCUCAUGCCACCACCUCCAUUGCGGCCUCUCUCGGCUCCUCAGUCGGCCCAGCCGAGCGCCUUCUCGCCGCCCCCUCUGCAACCGCAGAUGACGGGCAACCCGAACAUGUAUCAACAGCAGAUCGCACCGCCGGGCCAGAGCCUCAACGACAUCAACCAGGCUCGGCUACAGCAACAGUAUAUGCAGCAGAUGCAGCAACAGCAGCAACUCCAGGCUGCACAACAGCCCCCCGCAGCGCCGAUGAUGGCUUACCCGACAGGCAUGCAGCAGCCUGGCUUUGGGCAGAACCAGUUCAUGCAGCCCAUGGCGAACGGGCCGCAGCAGAUGCAGAGCCCGUUUGCGGACCCCAGAUCCCAGCAAUUCUCGCCCGUCCAGGCCCAGCCCACGGGCUACCCGGGGGUCUUCAAUCCCGGGCAGGGCUUUGGCGGGGCGCCGACGGGGGGUGUCAAUUCAUUCCUCCCGCCACCCAUGGAGCCUCAGCGGACAGGAAUGCCGGGUCAGAUGCAGCCGCAGGCCACGGGUAUGCCGUUCACGCAGGGGUUUGGAAACGCGGGAGCCCCGCCACAGCAGCAGCAGCAGCAACAGCAGGCCCCGAUGCAGCCUCUCGUGGCGCAGAAGACUGGUCCGCCACCCCCUGUGCGGUUCGGCAUGACGGGAGACGCGAAGCUAGCACCCCAGCCAACGGGACGUCGGGCAAACCUUGCACAUGCUACACCGCAGAACCCCUUUGGAUUCUGA